AUGAACGAAAAAGCGUCAAAGCAUUUCACCGAAGACUUUGCGCUACUGUAUUUGUCGGAGAUGAUCCUAAACCGACACACCGUAUUGAACCGCGUACAAGAAGACCUUAAAACGAUUCAUGAAGUGUUUCAACAACAAGUUAGCGUUGCAGCCAUGAUACAGUUUCAGUGGAACUACAUAAAGUCGGAGGAGAGUUGCGUGCUGGGCACUCCAGCUUCGAAGAUCAGGACCAUUUCCACGCAAACGAAGGACUUGAUGCAGACGAAAGAGAAGAUUUUGCGUAUGGGAGUCCGCUUCUUGUACACAAGCCUGUAUUAUAAGGAAGUAGCACACCUUGGAGAUAGACACGUCAACGUUCCAGUCGAAGAGUGGGACAGAGAAGCGGAAAGUAUGCUGCUUCAGCUCGACAAGAACAAGAAACGCUUUGAGGAAGUCAUCAGCGAAAUGGAAUCCGAGUUGGAGAAGGCUGAAAAGGACUUCAACGAAGGACUAUGUUACACGAAUGUUGAACACAUCAACAAUUUGUUCCGCAAAGCCUUUGAAAACUUAACCGCGUCGGACAAGGAUGAUGCUGAAAAACGCUUCGCUGACGUUCAGAAGAAAACUCGGGAACAAUCUAAAGAGAUAUUGCGUAUUAAACAGAUGAUGGGCGUCCCGAAAAGAGCCGUUGAUCCAGGAAAUGGAAACGACCCGAAGAGUGUGACGCGUUUUUUUCGCAAAUGGUCAAGGAAGUACAAGCAAAUGAAGCAAAGCAGAAUCAAGAGCCACCCGCACGCGUACAUGACGAUGGUAAUGCCGAAGAAGUCUGAGAAAUGCGAUCAGAUGUCAGUGAGGAAAAUAAAAAUGAAGAAUCAGAAAGACGACUUGAAAGUGAUCGCGUUGUGGAAAUUAGGCGCCGGGAGCAACGACCAAUUUCAGGCCUAGGGCAAUAUGAGCAAAGGAGAGACGAGCUAAACAAGCUCGCAGCUGAACUGAAACACAAGAUUCAUUGGAUGGAGGAGGACCUUCAGGACUUUCCCUACAGAAAAAAAGGAGAUUUUCUCGCCAAAUAUGAAAAGAGAUUUAACUUGCGCGUUUUGUGAAGGCGAACACUCGUGUCCCCGAAUCACUAAUGGAAACCGCAGAUGGAAUAUGAUUCUGGAAAAAGGAUUUUGCCAAUAUUGUCUGGCCCAAUGUGGCAAACGAGAAGACCAUGGAGCAAAGAAGAAAAAAUGCUACUAUUGUGUUCGCGUAUCUGGUACCUACGUCGAAUACCUCAUCCCUAGAGAAGGCCAUCAUACAGCAUUAUGUAAUAUUCCUGACGCUAAGGAGGAGGCCCUAUACGAGCUGGAUGAUAACAAAGGAGACCUAGAUGAACAUGGAGAAGAAAUAAAAUUCAUGGGCCAAGAGAUUAAAAAAUACAGACGACAUUAG